AUGAGCGGAUCAUUUUCUCGCUGCGAAUCCGUGGAGCUUAACCUGGUAGUACCGAGUCAGCGGAACGGUUACAAAGGCUGGGCUCGAUUAGGAAGUAAAAAAGAGCAAAGUUUUUUGCUUAUCUACAAAGCCUGGAGCGCUGAUAUCACCAACCAACAACCCUGGGCUGUGGAUACCAGGCCUUGGUCCCAUUGA